AUGGGAGCGUCAAGGCAGCUCCUGCGCUCCGUGAUCAUGGGCGCCCCGGGCUCCGGCAAGAGCACCCUGGCGCUGCGCAUCAUCAAACACUUCCAGCUGAAGAAGUUCUCCAGCGGGGAUGUGCUCCGAGACAACAUGCUGAGGGACACAGAAAUUGGUGUGCUGGCCAACAUUUUCAUGGCCCAGGUGAAGCUCAUCCCAGAUGACCUCAUGACUCAGCUGAUCCUCCAGGAGCUGAAAAAUUUCACCCAGUAUAACUGGCUGUUGUGUGGUUUCCCCAGGACACUUACACAGGCUGAAGCCCUGGAUAGAGUUUAUCAGGUACACCUGGUGAUGAACCUGAACGUGCCCUUUGAGGUCAUCCGGCAACGCCUCACGGCUCGCUGGAUUCAUCCAGCCAGUGGCCGCGGCUACAACCUCGAAUUUAACCCUCCCAAAGCAGUCGACGUGGAUGAUGUCACUGGAGAGUCUCUCAUUCAGCGUGUGGAUGAUAAAUCAGAGACACUUAUCAAGAGAAUGAAGGUUUAUGAAGACCAAACAAAACCGGUCCUGGAAUAUUACGAGAAAAAGGGAGUGUUGGCAACAUUUUCUGGAACAGAAACCAAUCAGAUCUGCCCCUGUAUGCAUGCUUUCCUGCAAACAAAAGUCCCCCAGAGACACCAAAAAACUCAAUUACCCCACGAGGAAAAAUCCUUGUGA